AUCACUUAGUUGCCAACCCAAUAAUUACGACGCGUUGGAAAAUUUAUUGGAGCCAGCAAGGGCAGGUUUUAGAUUACGGGUUUUAAAUUACCCAUUUAAUGUAUGGAACCCAACCGAGUGGAACUUAAUUGGGCCAUUGGAUAACAAUUGCGCAAUCGUUGUUAACCCAGUUUCGUUGAAGAAAGAAAAUCACGUUCAAUGGAAUUAAACCUGCGACUCGGUGUCGAUCCAACUACGCCAAUUUGGACCCCAUCUGUCGUUGAUCCACCUGUCUGCAUCGUUAGAUGUAAACCUAGAACCUGGAUGACUUGUAGAAAUUUAUCGAAGUAUCUUUCGUUUCAAAAAUAGAAGACAGAAUUUUGUUCAACAAUGCUAGGUGGGAUCAAUUUGGAUGAAAUUUACUGAAGAACGUUUGAUGCCAAAUAUCAAAUACGCUAUUUUUUCUUUAGCUGACGAGCCAGGUCCCUUGGGUCUUGCAGGCAGAGAUCCAUUCCAAUGACGAGAAAACGUCACCUGCUGAGCUAAAUGGCAUCUCUGAGGGUCUGACAACGUCGAGGCUACGCCAAGCAUUUCCACAGUUCUGUGCCGUCAGUGCGAAGAACCUGCUCCUGCUUACCUUUGGUUCAACAUUGGGAUUUUCCACGGUCCUAAUCCCGGAACUUCAAAAGGAGAACGCUGAGAUCCCGGUUACUAUGGAGGAAUUGACGUGGAUAAGUAGCCUGAAUCUGUUCCUGGUCCCAAUCGGUUGCUUCGCUAGUGGGCCAGUGUCGCAGUUCCUAGGACGAAAGAGGACCAUGAUGCUGACUACCAUUCCAUUUACAGCAGCGUGGAUCAUCUUCUACUACGCGACGACAGCUGAGAUGUUGUUUAUAGCACUGGCCAUGACUGGUCUAACUGGUGGUCUCCUAGAAGCACCUGUGAUGACCUAUGUGGCAGAAGUGACGCAGCCCCAUUUACGUGGCAUGCUAUCCGCCACUUCCACCAUGGCUGUGAUCAUGGGCAUUUUCACGCAGAUGUUGAGUGGCAAAUUAGGCAACUGGAGGACUGUUACCAUGAUCAAUCUCAUCUAUCCACUUAUUUGCUUAGUUGCCCUCUGCCUGGUGCCUGAGAGUCCUUAUUGGCUUGUUGGAAAAGGCCGCCAAAGGGAAGCCGAGCGAGCUCUUUGUUGGCUUCGCGGUUGGGUCAGUCCGAUCCACGUACAGUCGGAGCUCAGAAUCAUCUGUCAAGAUGUACAGAAGCCAGCAGAAUCCAAAGAAAAGAUCUGGAAAUCCUUCGGCAAGAGGACCUUCUACGUGCCUUUCUUUUUGGUCAGUAUCGCCUUCUGCAUUGGCGCUUUUGGAGGAACCAGUACUCUUCAGACGUACGCUGUAUUGAUCUUUGAUAGUUUAGACGCGCCUCUAGACAAAUACACAGCUGCUGUAUUUCUUGGCCUGGCAGAAUUGGUAGGAACAUUGCUCUCUGUGUGUGCCAUUCAUUUCACCGGCAAGCGGUUGCUGACAUUCUUUUCAGUCGGUGGUACCGGCAUGUGUUUCUGUUUGGUGGCUGUCUAUGGCUAUUUGACUCAGGCUGAUAUGAUCAAUACAGAGAAUAUUUCUUGGAUUCCAAUGACUUUACUGAUUGGAGCUGCCUUUCUAUCUCAUGCUGGCAUCAGGCUGCUUCCAUGGGUCCUGGCUGGUGAAGUCUUUCCCGUACAGGUACGAAGUAGCGCAACAGGAAUGGCUGGAUCCAUAGGCUACAUCUUCAAUUCCAUCGCCAACAAAGUGUACCUGUACAUGGUCAACGGAAUGUCUCUUCCAGGAACCUUCCUCUUCUACACUUUAAUUAACUUCGCUGGGGGAGCACUCCUUUACUUCAUCCUUCCAGAAACAGAAGGCAGAUCUCUGAAAGAGAUCGAGGAACACUAUGCUGGUAUCCAGAGUUUGAAGACCAGGCCUAAGAAGGAGGAACUAGCUUUCAAGGAGAAAUGGGCUGCCUCGAACCCUGCAAUAAUCUACGACGACACCGAAAGCAAGCUUUGAUUUUGUGGGAACAAAAGUGGUGAUUAGUAUCGUCUCUGUGAAGCUGAAAGCCUGAAUGGUACAAUGCUAACAGGGAUUCAAAGUGUAGAGAUUUUAUAACGAAUUCCUUGUUUAUUUGACACUGUGUUCAAAAAGAGUGAACGAUAUUGUGAGUGACUGUAGACAUCUAAGCACUGAAGAGAGUUAACGAAAGUUAAUAAUCAAAUUUUAUAUACACUGUUAGCUGACUAGGUUAGGUCAAUGAAUUAGUCGAGGGAUCUUUUUAAAAUUGGACAGUCUGGAAACUGGACAGUUUAAAAAUCUAAUUCUUUAAUAUUUCUUACUGCCUCUAUGCGUAGAAUUACAAAUGACAGAAUAGUCGAAUUAUAGUUGGUUUUAUGUUCCUGCACUCUACGAGGGCUGCAGCGACAGCUAGCGAGGCAACGCCAGACGAUGCACACUUUAUCGAAUUUUAUCGAUCGAAGACAGUUUUAUUGUAAAUAAAACGUUGAGAAAUAUUUUUAAUA